AUGCUGCAAGAAGCUAAUCAAAGAAUUAUCAAGCAUAUGAACAAAGACCAUCAAUUGGCUCUUGUAGAUUAUGUUGUUGUGUACGGAAAUAUAAAAGCAAGUGAAAUAGUUAAGCCUUCCGUUCACUUAGUGGAGGUGAACGAAACAAAAUUAGUUAUUGUUUAUGAUUCAACUAAAUUAAAAUCUCCACAAACAUUGUCAAUUGACUGGGAAUCUGCAACGGAACCAGAAAACAAGCAAGUAACUAGUUUGAAGGAUAUUAAGGGAAAAUUGGUUUCUAUGGCUAAAUACGCUGCUGCUAAGCAAGGCUUUUCACACCAACAAAUUACAAAGGUUCUCUAUCCGCGUCAGGCUAUUUUCUGGUAUCUUGUUUUCGGUUUCUUGGCUUUAGGAAUGUAUGAUGUUCAAAGGUUAAAAGAAUCUUUUGAGGCAGAUCCAAUUGCCUCAAAGAUAAUCCCUGUCUUACCUUCUGUAACAUUCAAAGUAUUAAGAUUCAUUGAAAAGAACAUUGCGUACAUUUUUUAUUCUUUGUAUACUAUUCAUUUGGGUGAAAUUUUAUUUCUUAUUCUUCCAAUGACCAUCAAGUAUAGAUUGCCUACAUCAAAGAAAUUUCUUUGGUGCCUUAUGACAUUUUUUGAAGGGGUAUUUUCUUACAGAAGAUUUAAGACAUUAGUUGACGAUAAAUAA